AUUGAUACUAGUUAUUAUGAGCUUCUUGACGUUUCGCCAACAGCGGAUGCUAUGCAAAUAAAAAAGGCUUACAGAAAACUUGCCUUGAAAUACCAUCCAGAUAAAAACCAAACAACCGAAGCUGAAGAGAAGUUUAAACAAAUUUCUGAAGCUUAUCAAGUGCUGUCUGAUUCCCAACUGCGCGCUUAUUACAACAAGUAUGGUAAAGAUAACGAAUUGGCUCCUGAGGGAGGAUUUGCUGAUCCUCGAGAGUACUUUCAACAAAUGUUUGGUGGUGAUGCGUUUAGAAACAUCAUUGGUGAUCUAGCUGUAGGUGAAAUGUUUAGCGAUGCUCAACAAGAGGAAUUGAACAGUCCAACCAUCGAAGGUUCCGAGGGACAAAAGUCUAAGCAAGCCAAUAAUAUGAAUAAAGAACAGAUUGAAAAAAUGCAAAAGCAGCAACAGGAACGCAUCGAAAAACUUGCAGAACAUCUUAUUCACAAAUUAGCCAUGUAUACAGAUUCCAAAGGGGAAGAAGAGGACGUGAAGCGAUUUCAGGAACAUAUCAAGAUGGAAGCUGAAAAGUUGAAAAAGGAAAGCUACGGUGUCGAAUUACUUCAUUCGAUUGGAGGAGUUUAUUCAUUAAAGGCAAGACAUUACUUGGGUAUUAAAGGUGGUGGUAUGCCAAGUAUUUUCGUUGGGUUUAAGCAAAAGAAGCAUAUUGUCAAGGAACUUUGGACAACAGUAAAAGUGGCAAUGGAUGUGCAGCAGGCUGCCGACAUGAUAUCAAAGGCAGAAGAAUCAGGAAUGGAUGAUUCUGAGAAAAUGAAAUUGGAAGAAGAGGUGUCUACAAAGACUUAUAAGGCAUUAUGGCAAACAUCCAAAUUUGAAGUAGAAGCAACACUUCGCUCAGUGUGCGAUAAAGUACUUCAGGACAAGGAAGUAGAUGGUAAAACUCGAACAAAACGAGCUAUAGCAUUAAAAUGGAUUGGAUACAUUUAUAAACAUACAGAGGCCGAGACAUCCGCUUUAGAUAUUCAAGUCAAGGCGUAAUUGUACACUUUAUUUCAUAAUAUCUUCUAAUAGUUUACUUGCUUGCUGCUUAAAUACACUAGAAAUACC